UUAGUUAACUCAGAACGUGCCACGGCGGCAAUGGCACUGACAUCACAUUGCAGCGCAUAGAACAACAACAUCGAGCAAACAGGCAACAACCAGACAAGCGACAACGAUAUAACGGCAAUUUUCUGAAAUCCAUAAAUGGCUGUCUCGCUUAGCGUUCAUUAAAACCGCUACUGACUGCGCUAUUAGCAGUGGUAAACCGCCAACCCGCCGCCACCAACUGAAUCCGAAGCCAAUCACAAUCUUGCAUCCAAACGUCCAGUGGCAACAAUAACAACAGCAACAACUGAAACUAAAGUAAUAACAAUAACAGGACGAAACGGAAUAAAGCUAUUUCGUCCUUGGCAUUUACGACGCCAGCAGAGAACGAAAUUUUUAUUGAGAUAUAUCUCAACCCACCGCAUAGAGCCGCAACGACCCCGGACAACCCGGAGCCGGAGCGAAUUAAGGCGAAAUCGUGGCUCAAAGACAUCAGCACCAUCACAGCAGCAACGGCAGCGGAGUUGGCGUUGGCAUUGGCAGCGUGCCCGUCAUCAUGGAGGGGCCGGAGGUGACAUUCCUCUUUCAGUUUGGCAGCAUACGCGAUGCAGUCUGUGUGCCGGCGAAUGCGCUCACGCUCAAAUCGCUCAAGGAUUUGGCAUGCGAUUUCAUCAACACAAAGAUACCAGAUAGUGGACUCACAUAUCUAUCCGAGCGCAUUCUGCUCUUUAUACACGACUAUAGCACGCCCAAUGUGCUGCACAUUAUCAAUUCCGCAGCGGAAGUUGUGGACGAGACCUUGGUGGAAAUUGUAUUAACAGCCAGUCCUAUACUGUAUCCGACGUCGGAAAUGCCAACACUGAUGCCGCAUACCCUGAACGUGCAUUCCUAUAAGGCGCCCACAUUCUGUGAUUUUUGCGGUGAGAUGCUGUUUGGUCUGGUGCGUCAAGGACUCAAAUGCGAUGGCUGCGGUCAGAACUAUCACAAGCGAUGUGUGGUGAAAAUACCAAACAACUGCAACCGCUCGAGUGAUGCCACAUCGCGACGGUCGUUUACAUUGCACCCGCCCCGCAGCCCAUCCGGAAGCUCACAACAGUCGCUCAUAUCCAACGAGGAGUCGACGGGUCGACAUGACUCCAGCAGCUCUCUGAAUAUACCCGGGUUCGGCGCUCGCCAUCAACGCACCCAUUCUUCGGGCAGUCGAAAUGGUCUAAGUGUGCUCCGCAUUCCACACACAUUCAUGGUGCACACCUAUGGGAUACCCACCGUUUGUCAGCUGUGCAAGAAGCUGCUGAAGGGGCUGUUCAAGCAGGGCUUACAGUGUCGCGACUGCCAGUACAAUACUCACAAGAAGUGCAUGGAUAAGGUGCCGCAGGAUUGUACGGGUGAGGCACAGCUCAGUCAAUUGCAGGCGGAGAUUAACGAUGGGACGCCGCGCAAGGAGCGUGACAACUUCUUCCGGGAGGAGUUCGAUGACAGCGACUUUGAGGACGGUCCGCCGCAAGAGUUCGCCAAAUACAAUAGAGCAUCGAGCGGCACUAAUCUGGUAGCUGGACGACCACGUGAAGCACCAAAGGCUUUGACGAAUGCCCAGAACUCACCACCAGAGCUGGUCAAUGGCGUCCGGGAUGACAGCAGUACUGGCGGUGACACCAAAUCAAACGAUGGCCAGUCGGAGCAAUCACAAUCCUCAUCCUCCUCCUCGCCCAGCGCCAACAUUCCCCUAAUGCGAAUCGUGCAGUCCGUGAAGCACACAAAGAAGCGCGGCGGCCAAGCCUUGAAGGAGGGCUGGCUGGUGCACUACACCUCCUUGGAUAAGGCGCUCAAGCGCUACUAUUGGCGCAUGGACUCCAAGACCAUAACGUUGUUCAUUUCGGAGCAGGGCAGCAAGUACCACAAGGAAAUCCCGCUGGCGGAGCUGCUUUCGAUUGAAACGCAUCGCGAUCCCCGACCCGAUAGCAACUAUUGCUUUGAACUGUGCACGGCCAAUCUCAGCUAUUACGUCGGCCAAGAUCCACAGCAGGGCGUUGGCGACGAUCAUGCUGUACGCCGACCACCGCCGGACAGUGGCAUCGGCGCUGACAUCGCCAAGAGCUGGGAGACAAGCAUCCGACAGGCCUACAUGCAUGUCACCAACACGCAGUGUUGCGAGUCGGAGGAGCAAGUCCAGGACAUGGGACAGCUAUAUCAGAUCUUUCCCGACGAGGUACUCGGCUCCGGCCAGUUCGGUGUCGUCUACGGUGGUGUUCAUAAAAAAACCAAGCGCGAAGUGGCCAUCAAGGUCAUUGACAAGCUGCGUUUCCCCACCAAGCAGGAGGCACAGCUGAAGAACGAGGUGGCCAUACUCCAGAACAUUACCCAUUGCGGCGUUGUUAAUCUGGAGCGCAUGUUCGAGACACCAGAGCGCAUCUUCGUUGUCAUGGAAAAGCUUAAGGGUGAUAUGCUGGAGAUGAUACUCUCGCAUUCACGUGGACGCCUCAGCGAGCGUGUGACAAAGUUUCUGAUCACUCAAAUCCUGAUUGCGCUCAAAUAUCUGCACUCCCAGAACAUUGUGCACUGUGACCUGAAGCCGGAGAAUGUGCUCCUCUCCUCGGAUGCAGAAUUUCCUCAGGUGAAACUCUGUGAUUUUGGUUAUGCUCGCAUCAUUGGCGAGAAGUCCUUCCGGCGAUCGGUCGUGGGUACGCCCGCCUAUCUGGCUCCAGAGGUUCUACGCAACAAGGGUUACAAUCGCUCCCUGGACAUGUGGAGCGUUGGUGUAAUCAUCUAUGUGAGCCUCAGCGGAACUUUUCCCUUUAAUGAGGAGGAGGAUAUUAACGAUCAGAUACAGAACGCUGCCUUCAUGUAUCCGCCCAAUCCGUGGAAGGAGAUUUCCUCAAACGCCAUUGACCUCAUCAACAACCUGCUGCAAGUGAAGCAGCGCAAGCGAUAUACUUGUGACAAGAGUCUAAUGCAUUACUGGCUGCAGGAUAAGCAGACGUACAGGGAUCUGCGCAAUUUGGAGACGCAGGUGGGGUUGGGACGCUAUCUCACCCAUGAGGCGGAUGAUGUGCGCUGGGACAGUGCCAGCGAUAUUUGACCUGGAACAGUGACAAAGCUAACUGAUAAUGAACUGAUGCAGCCACUGGCCGGCAGCCAUAGUGCGCCCAACGAAAGCUAUCCAUCCCCAUCGAACUGUGCCGGCUGCCAUCGCCUCUCCAGCUCCUCGCCGAAAGUGGAGGCCAUUGGCGACAAGGCACUGAAGUGGAUGCGUUUCCAUUUUUGCAAGCACAUCAAAUAGCAUCCGCUCGCUCAUCAUAGCUUUUUAGUUUAUACUUACCACAUACAAACCCAACACAUAUUAUCAGACUGUAAAUUACCAUAAAUUUUAAUUAGCACCUUGUAAGAGAAGAAAAUUGACAAGCUAUCAGCGACUUAUAAAUAAUACAACUGAUAACACAGCAUAACUGAUCAAAA